UUGACAGCUGUUGACAGCUUCGCUUCUACGAUUUGGAAGGAGUGCUGUGUUGUGUGAAUCACAUUUGGCAGCACAUACACCGUGUAUUUUUAAUGUAAUAUGUACACACGAAGUGAUAAGUCACUUUAUAUCUUGAAAGCGAUAAAUGAAUAGAAUCUUUAUUAAAAGAUAUUCAGUAGUAAACAAUUCUAACCUCUGAAUUACAUUCACUAUUAGAUGCACUUAGGAAAAUAAUUUUAUUUACGUUGAUUGUGUCUUAAUAAAACGGCAAUGUCAGAUAAAAGAAAAAAAGCAAGAAGAAAGAGCCAGGUGUCAAGUAGUAGUUCACGUAGUACUUCAACUGAUUCAUCGAAUGAUGAUUCUGAUGGCGAUCUCAAACCUAUUAAGGACUACAUGGGAAAUCGUACAGAAAUGGCAAAGCAAUUAUUUAAAUCUGUUAAAAUUGAAAAAAUUCGUAUGAUGUUGCCACAGGUUAUGAAGAGAAUUGAUUUAUCCAUUUUAGAAGAGUGGUGUGCGAAUGAGCUAACUGGAAUGUCUAAAGCCAGGAUUUUAUCAAUUUUGAGUGGUCAGACAUUGUUGGAGUCUUCGGACACAAGUGAAACGGAUGGAUCAGGGCCUUCUUUGGAAAUUAUUUCGGACACAGAGGAAUGGUUAACGGACAGCGAAGUUGUUAAAAAGGAAGAUCAAGUAUCAUCAAAAAUUCAAAAGACAAAAAAAGAAAAAAUAAAAUCCAAAGCUAAAAGUCAAGUGUCAUCAGACUUAAAGAAAAAUCAAGGGCAAAAAGUGGACCAAGAAAAAGUUGGAGGUAGGAAUAAACAUAAGCAGAGAAAUGAGAUUAAGGCAAAUGCAAAAGUGAAAGUGGAAGGUGAGAAAGCGUCAACAAGUAAAGAAAAAGAAGGCGAUAGUUUGCUGGAUUUAUUAGAACUUGAGAUGAGAGCAAGGGCUAUAAGAGCUUUAAUUCGAAAGGAAGAGGAUAUAAUUCCAGGAAUGCCAUCUGCACAGAAUACAGGUUUGGAUAAAACGCAAAAGGAUCGUAAAGAAAAAGGCUCAAAUUUCAGUUUAAUGGAAGGAGAGCUAAGAAAAUUAGAUAGAAGAAUAAUUGAGAAGUCACUUAUCACUGGAAAGCAGGGAGGUAUCGGAGAUGAUGAAGAUGUUGUGUUAGUAGUACAACCAACUCCAACUAUUGAACUGUUGUCAAGUGAUAGCAGUGAUGAAGAGCAUAAAAAUCGUAUAAAUCAACGAUUACAAAAUGAACGUAUCGCAAAGAAAUCAGAGGAUACAAACAAAAUAACAGACACUGAUAAUCAGUCCGUAAAUAAAACUCCGUGUUCAAAUGAAAAUCUUGCAAUCAGUGAAACAGUACAGACUGCACCCAAAGAAGCUAAUGUAAAUGUAGAAAGACUUGAACCUGGUGAAAUUAAAGAUGGGAUGGAUAAUAGUGCAAUUAAAACUGGUAAUCAAAAUAAAGUGGAUUCUGUAGAACUUGCCACAGAAGGAAGUACAGCAGUGAAUGAACGUGUAUUUAAAAAAUUGAAAAAGAGACCUCACACAAGGAGAAAAAACAAAACACAUGAAAAGUCAAAACCUAAAGAGCAUAAAAAGGGAAUUUGCAAUCCUGUGGAAGAUACGCACGAGGAAAAACCUGCUCAUAAUAAAUCAGUGAAUUCAACUCUUGAUUCUUGUAAUACCAAAGAAAUAGAAUCAUUGACUGAAUCUGGUAAAGAGGAGAUUCAGAAAGGGAAGAUUCAACGUCACGGAGAAAAAUCUGCAAAAUUGGAGAGGUCAGAAGAGUCAAAGUUGUCUGAUAUCACUGAUUCAGAGAAAAUAAAAAUUGAAGCAAAUGGUAAGGCAGUAUUAAAAGAGGAUAAAGUAUACAAGCCACAAAAUUUGGUAAUAGAGGAUGACAAAUCUAUUGACAUGGAUGUAAUAAUAGAUCUUGAUGACUAUCCUGACGAUAUGGACGAAAUGGAAUAUGAGAAAGAUACAGUAAAAAUAUCAAAUACUAUCAAAGAAUCAUGCGAUAGCAUCAAGGAAUCCGACAAUAACGUUAAGAAGGAUGCAAGUUCAACUGAAACUUGGGCAACUCGUUAUUAUAAGACAGACGAUGUUCAAAACGUUAUAAAAGAAUCAAAGAUUCAGUCGGAAAUUAGGAAACGUUUAAGAGAACGACAACGAUUGUCUAAGUUAAAUAAUUCUCCUAAUUUAAAUUCUAAUCCACCGAUUACAGAAGAGAAAGAUAAUAAAACAGAAAUCAACCCAACUGGGUCUGUGGAAGAAUACUUAGCAUUGAAAGGCAUUGCAUCGUCGAGUCUCAGUAACAGUAGUAGCAGUAAUAGUAGCAUUAAUAUAUUUAAGAAAGCUAAAAUAGAAAUUGAUAAUGACAAAAUUGGAACCCCAGAUUGUAAUUCCACUGCGCAUGUAACAUCAAGAGAAAAUAAUAAGGAAGAUUCUGAUAAUGCAUUGUGCGAUUCUAAUACAGUUACUGAUAGUGCAGUAAACGAGAAAGUAGAUAACACAGUUUGCAAUUUGAAUAAAGGUAAUGUAGAAGUACAACAAGCAAAAACUGAUGAUGAAAAAACUAUUAAUAUUAUUUACAAUCCCAGUGUAAAUUCUAAAACGAUAAAAAAUGUUAAUGAAGAUAGCGAUAAGCCCAACCAAGUUACUUCAAAUGUAGUACAAACAAAAUGUAAUGAUAAAGAAAUUUAUAACACAGUGUCCACUCUAGGAACAUGUUCUGCAAAUCUACAGAAAAUUGAGAUUCAAAAAUUAAAUGAAAACUGCACUGAGGAUGUGAAUGUAGGUAUGAAAUUGAACGUUAGCGAUAAACAAUAACUUGAAGAUAGUCAAGAUACUAUCGGUUCAAAUUUAUUUCCAGGAUAAUCUAAUUUGAGCAUUUUAGUUGGAUUUUCAAUGAACAAAAAAGGUUGCUAUUACAUCAUAAAUCAAACCAAACAUUGCGUAUAAAUUAUUCACUUUGUCAUACUGAAACAUUAAGUUAGUUUAUACAAGAAUCUUAACAAAAACUAUAUAUAGGUGUAGAGCGUUUGUUUUAUAUCUGCUCACAUUUAUUAUUCUUCCAUGUUCUUUAAUAUAGAAAAUAGGAACAUAAAAUUAAACAAACUAAAGAUGAUUUAUAACGGCGCAAGAAUUAUACAGUUUACACAGUGUUUUCUAGCAUAAUUUCUGUACAUAAAAUAUUACAAUAGUUUUAUGUGACCUCGUGGUCAUUCGGCCACUAUUAUAAAUUUACAAUAAAAAAUGCAUUACAAUUCCA